CACAGGUCCUGCAGUUACUAGGAGAGAGCAGCUACACAUGAGAUGCUGAUUGGGUCCAGCUUGCUUCCUGCUGAAGUCUCCUCCACAUCACAAUGGUUCUCUCCUUGACUGACCCAAUAGGGAUCAACAAGGUCAGAAUUACAAUGACCAAGGAUAUCCUAGACCUCACCCUGGAGAUCAUCUACCUGCUGACCGGAGAGGACUGCACAGUAGUGAAAAAGACAUCUAGUCAAUGCGUGACCACCAGCAACUGCCCUCUUGUGUCAGGAGGAUGGAGCAGGCCCCACAGCCCUGUCAUGCAGUCUCCACCUAAUACACUGGUCCAUGAGAGAAGCAAUGAGCAGAAGAUCCUAGAAAUCGCCAGCAAGAUCAUUGAGUUGCUGACUGGAGAGGUUCCUGUAAGGUGUCAGGAUGUCACCGUCUACUUCUCCAUGGAGGAGUGGGAGUAUUUAGAAGGACACAAGGAUCUGUACAAGGAAGUUUUCAUGGAGGACUACCAGCCCAUCAUAUCACCAGUAGAUGACUAUAAGAAAAGCCCCGAGGGACAUUUAUUUUUAUCUUCAGAUUUUGAAGACAACAAGAAUAAUAUCACUCAGGAUUCAUCUGAAGAAAAUCUCAUUACCCCAAAUAUCUGUUCACAACUUCGAAGCAGACUUCCACCAUCUAAUCCAUCUAAUGAGAAACAAUCUUCUAAUCACUCAAAAGCACAAAGUGAAAAUUAUCGAGAGGGUGAAAUGUUUCAGUCUCCUGAAAGUGAGCUCAGCCAGUCAUCAUACAUGGAAGAAUGGCCAAUGAUGUAUUCAGAAAAUGGAGAAUGUUUAAAACAAAACACCAGGAGUGUGAAUUUGUUUUUGUGUACAGAAUGUGGGAAAUGUUUUAAUCAAAAAACUGUUCUCAGUGAACAUGAAGGAAUCGACACUGAGGAAAAGCCACAUUCAUGUUCAGAAUGUGGAAAACAUUUCACUCAAAAAACAGGUCUUGUUGAACAUCUGCGAAGUCACACGGGAGAGAGGCCAUUUCCAUGUUCAGAAUGUGGGAAAUGUUUUUCCCGGAAGUCACUCCUUAUUCGGCACCAUAAAAGUCACACAGGAGAGAAAUUGUUUCAAUGCUCAGAAUGUGGCAAAUGUUUUGUCUACAAAUCUGAUCUUUUUAAACAUCAGAAACGUCACACAGGGGAGAAGCCAUUUUCAUGUUCUGAAUGUGGAAAAAGUUUUUUCCAGAAAUCAGACCUUGUUAGACAUCAGAAAGUUCACACUGAAGAGAAGCUGUUUUCAUACAAAUAUGGGAUAGUUUUCACCAAGGACCCAGAUCUUCUUGAAUAUCAGACCAAUGACACAGGAGAUAAUCUGUUUUCAUGUCCAGAAUGUGAAAAAUGCUUUAGCAGGAAAUCAGAGUUUAAUAGACAUUGGAAAAUUCACACGGGGGCAAAGACGUAUCCAUGUUCAGAAUGUGGGAAGUGUUUUUUUCAUAAAUCAGAUGUUUCAAGACAUCAGAAAAGUCACACAGGAGAGAGGUCGUUUUCAUGUCAAGAAUGUGGGAAAUGUUAUAUCCAUAAAACAGGUCUUGUAGAACAUCUUAGGACUCACACUGGAGAGAAUCUCUUUCCUUGUUCCGAAUGUGGAAAAUGUUUUACCAACAAAUCAGCUCUUGCCCGUCAUUUGAAAGUUCACACAGGAGAGAAGCCGUUUGCAUGUUCUGAAUGUGGGAAAUGUUUUACCCAUAAAUCAGGACUUGUUGACCAUCAGAGAAUUCACACUGGAGAGAGGCCAUUUCUCUGUUCAGAAUGCGGGAAAUGCUUUAGCACUAGAUCAGAUCUUACUAGGCAUCAGAAAAUUCACACAGGAGAGAAGCUGCUCACGUGAUCAGAUGGGAUUCUAUAGGCAAUGCUGAUACUUUUUGUUACAAAGUGCAAAACUUGAACAGAGUUGUUACCUAUAAACAUCCCUCUAUGCAUCCAACUCAGAAACCUACAGGGUCAAGAUAUUAUUAACCAGCUUUGAUCAUACACAUUAGGCUCUGUGGUAGGAAUACAGGAAUCUUACCAUUAUUCUAACAAUGUUGGCUUGAUAAUAUUUCCAUUCA